UGGUGGAAUGACGAAGAAGUGUAUCAACUCGAGCGACGCGCUAUCUUCAGCAAGACAUGGCUCUUCGUGACCCACACGUCGAGAUUCCAGAAGCCCGGUGAUUAUCGAACCUUCGAUAUCACAGGUUUCUCAUUCCUCCUCAUCCUGGGGAAGGACAGACAGCUCCGCGCCUUCCACAACGUAUGCCGGCAUCGUGCGUACGCAGUGACGAAGAAAGAAUGCGGGAGCUCCAUAGUCCUCGGAUGUAGGUACCACGGCUGGAGCUACGACACCAGGGGCAAGCUACUCAAAGCCCCGGAAUUUGAGAACGUGAAGGGCUUCGAGAAGGACCUGAAUGGGCUAUGGGAAGUCAAGACCGAGAUUCGGGAAUCCAUGGUCUUUAUUAACUUUGAUGUUGGCAAUGAGGUCACGAGU